AUGCCGCCAUUGUCUCAUCUCCCCUUCACCAUAUCGGCGGACGCGCUGCUGAUUCUCCGAUCGCACCGCAUAGCCACGUUGGAGGAUUUCAUCAUGGCGGAUGCUCGCAUGCUUCGGAGGGAUGUGGAGGGCAUGCCGCAUGGCCAAGCCAAAGAGGACGUUUUGCAGGCCAUAGACAAGCUAAAUCACCACAUGGUGCAUGCCAUGUGCAUGCCAGCACAUGCCAGUGGGGACCAACUCCUGAGGAACCUGCACUGGGAGGGCUUGGACCAGGAGAACAUUCUUGGGCGGCAGCAGGCACAAGGGCAGGGGCGACUCAAAGUAGACGAAGAGGCGAAGUGGCGUCACAGGGGAGAGCCAUGGCAGGAGCAGUGGCAAGAGGGUGACGCUGGUGGUGGUGGGAGGCAGUGGCGAGCUGCUACAAUCAGCACAGGGUGCUCUAGUCUCGAUUCUCUUCUGGGCGGUGGCCUUCCCCUGGCUGCAGUGACUGAGAUCACUGGCGCUGCUGGUGCAGGCAAGACGCAGUUCUGUCUGCAAGCCGCGGCAGUUGCUGCAAUCGCCCCACUGCUCGCCCAUUCCAGUCCUUUCAAAUCCUCUCAAACAAAACACAGCUCAGCCCCUCAAGGCAGCGCGCCGCCCGGCACAGGGUCGGCAGUGCCGCCCGGUGUACAGUCAACACCAGUGCCGCCCAGCUGGGGGUCGUCGGUGGCGUUUGUGGACACUGCUGGGAGCUUCUCUGCUGCUCGCAUUGCCACUGUGAUUGGGCGAAUGAUGGGGUCCAGGGAGAGAUGCCAGGAAUCAAGGGCCAUUGUGACUCGUGCACUGAAGGCAGUGGUGCGGAUGAAGGCCUAUGACAUCCACUCGCUGCUGCCCCUCCUUGCAACCAUUGCACAGCACAAGAGAAAAGCCACUCAGUCAUCGGAUUUCUUCUCUGUCCUUCGUCUGCUCAUCAUCGAUUCUGCCUCUGCUGUUGUCUCCCCUGUGCUUGGGGGCCAUGGUCCACAAGGCCACGCUCUGAUGAUGAGUCUCAGUCGCAUGAUUCGUCUGCUGGCCAACGAGUUCGGGCUUGCUGUACUGCCAGCUACGGCCGGCCAAUGGGCGUCAACACCGUUCCAUUCGUGGUCGACCUCGUUACAGUCAGCACCGAGAAGAGAAUGUGGCGACGCAUCGUCGAAUUGUAGACGCCAGAGACGAUUCUCACGGCUGUCAGCCGCAGCGGCUUCGAGCGACGACGCCUCCUCACCCGGUACCGGCAGUGAAGCCGGCGACGAAGCCGACGCGCUAACGGCGGAGUUCCUGCGCUUCGUCUCGGAGACCCAGCAGCAGUGGCCGCUGGCGGACCGGCACCCCACGGCGCUGCUUCCGCCCACCGCGGUGGUGCGCGCGCAGAUGGACGCGCUCAUGCGCAACGACUGGCCGGAAGCGGACAGUGGUAUCCAGACGGCGUUCAACUUCGCCAUGCCUCAUAAAGUGGACGAGAUCCUGCCUGGAUCGUCCCUCCAGGCCCGGCCGCCAGUGAAGGAGGCACGAGCGUGGGACGCUAGCGAGCGGUACCUGUCAGUGGAGGGCUUUAAGAAACUGCUGCGGGAACCCAUGUACGCUGCCCUGCUGCACUGCGAGUCGUGGGAGUUCGCGUCCCCCAUGGCUUUCCACGGCAAGGCCGACAGCAAGGCACUGCAAGCAGUGAAGGUCCGAGCUGCUCCCACUGCCGCCGUCACUCCCUCGUCAUCUUCCGCUGCUACUGCUGUUGAGGCUGCAAUGGAUGGUGGUGCUGCUGAUGGUGGCGCGGAGUUGCUUGGCCGGACAAGAGAAUACACCUACACGUUCUGCUUGCAAAAGGUAUUGGAGGGAGCCUUCAAGGGAUGCUGGAUGGUGGUGGGCCUUCGCGUAGGCGACUAUGCCAACGUGUGA